CGUCUGUAGUAGGACAGCUUUUCCACGCCCCUUACUUUCACCCCUUUGUGGGGAAUCUCGGGCUCCCACUCACACACACUUCCACACUUGCAGGAGUUUAGAGGAACAAACGUUGAUCGGUCGACCUUUUUUUUUUGUUGUUAAAGAAAUAACUUGUUUUCCACGCAUGGAUCUAUGUUGUUCUCUUCUGGGGUUUCAAGGAAGUGCAAUGGUUUGCUUUGCCGGGCAUAUCGGAGCGUCCGCGGGGAGGCAGAGGCCACACGGACUCCACAGCGCAAACUUUUAAAAGUGCUUCCCUCGUCAAAGUUGUCGCCUUCACACUCCGAGGAGCCCGAACCAUCAUGGCGAGGCGGACCAGGCGGAGCACUUUGCUUUUGACGCCGAAUCCGCGCGCUGCUUUUCGGGAAACGCUGCUCGGUCUUCGCGGGAGCUUGUCUGCGUGUUUGUGGGGCUUCGCUUUCACGUACUGGGCUCUUUCUUGUGGAUUUUGUCGCGCGGACACGGAGUUUUCCAUCCUGGAAGAAGCGCAAGUUUUGUCCGCGCAGAUGAAGAAGCUGUCCUCCGAGGAGCUGGGAGUCUUAACCAUGCAGAAGAUUUUCAACUCCUUUGUGUAUAACGAGAAGACAUCAAACGGAGAGACAGAAGUCCAGCAGCUGGCCAAGAAGAUUCGAGAGAAGUUUAAUCGCUACCUAGAUGUGGUGAACAGGAACAAACAGGUGGUGGAAGCCUCAUACACUGCCCACCUUACAUCUCCACUCACUGCAAUACAGGACUGCUGCUCAAUUCCAACAUCUAUGAUGGAGUUUGAUGGAAAUUUCAACGCCAAUGUGUCCAAAACCAUCUGCUGCGACAGACUUUCACCCACUGUCAACAGCCGAGCUUUCAACCCUGGACGAGACCUCAACUCAGUGUUGGCAGACAACCUCAAGUCCAACCCAGGCAUCAAGUGGCAGUACUUCAGCUCCGAGGAGGGCAUCUUCACGGUCUUCCCGGCCCACAAAUUCCAGUGUAAAGGAAGUUACGAACAUCGCAGCAGGCCUGUGUACGUGUCUGCAGUGCGUCCCCAGUCAAAACAUAUUGUUGUGAUGGUGGAUCACGGAGCGUCUGCGACAGAAACUCAACUGCAAAUUGCCAGGGACUCAGCUCUGGUUAUCCUUAAUGCAAUAGAUGAACAUGACAAGAUUUCCAUUCUGUCAGUAGCAGAGAUGGUUCGCUCCUGCUCCCUUGACCAGUGCUACAAGAGUUUGCUUUCUCCGGCCACCAGCGAGACAAAGAGGAAGAUGAGCACCUUCAUCUCCAACAUCAAAGUAUCCGAUAGCACCACGCAGCAUGCAGCAGGCUUCCAAAGGGCUUUCCAACUUCUACGAAACACCAGCAGCCUCAGCAGGCAAAGCAGCACCACAGACAUGGUUGUCAUCUACCUGUCAUCUGGCAUCACAUCUCGAGAGUCGUCAGAGCAGGAAAAGAAAGCGACGCUCAGUGUGGUCAAAGAGGAGAACCGAUACUUCAACAACUCUGUAAUGAUCCUCACUUAUGCGCUCAUGAAUGAGGGAGUAACAGGUCUGAAGGAGCUGGCCUUCUUGCGGGACCUGGCAGAGCAGAAUUCGGUUAAGUAUGGCGUUGACCGCUUUCCUGCGGCUUCAUCGUUUGGAUCAGCCGGAGCUCCCAUGAUGCCUGUGGUGAAGGGUAGCAUGAUGGUUCUCAACCAGCUCAGUAACCUGGAGACAACGGUGGGCCGCUUCUAUAUCAACCUGCCCAACCGCAUGAUCGACCUUGCCCGCUUCAGUUUGCCCUACGCUGACCCCAUGGGAGAUGGGUUUAUCAUGACUGUGAGUCGGCCCUGUUAUUUUGGUAACCUGCUACUUGGCGUGGUCGGAGUGGAUGUGAACCUGGCCUACAUUUUGGAGGAUGUCACGUACUAUCAAGACUCUUUGGCUUCGUACACCUUUCUCAUUGACAACAAAGGUUACACCUUGAUGCACCCGUCACUAACCCGGCCUUACCUGAUGACCGAGCCUCCUCUUCACACAGAUAUUAUUCACUAUGAGAAUAUUCCGCGAUUCCAUGUUGUACGACAGAACAUUCUCAACCUCCCAUUGGGCAGUCAGGUUAUUGCUGUUCCUGUUAACUCCUCUUUGUCUUGGCACACAAACCGCCUCCGAGACAACGGCAAAGACGCAUACAACGUCAGCUACGCCUGGAAACUGGUUCAGGACACAUCGUUCAUUCUAUGCAUAGUGUAUGUGCAGCCAGAGAUUCCGGUAAAACAGCUCAAAAACCUGAACACUGCACCCGGCUCCAAGCUCUUGUACCACCGUUUGGACCUGUUGGGUCAGCCCAGCUCUUGCCUCCACUUUAAACAGCUUGCGACCGUUGAGUCCCCCACAGUGAUGCUGGCAGCUGGGAGCUUCUCCUCUCCGUACGAGCACCUCAGCCAGCCAGAAACAAAGCGCAUGGUGGAGCACUACACCGCCUACCUGAGUGAUAACACCAGGCUCAUCGCUAACCCAGGCCUGAAGUCCUCUGUCAGGAAUGAGGUUAUGGCGACCAGUCACGUCACGGAUGAGUGGCUGACACUAAUGGAAAUGAGUAGGCUCAACUGCUACAUUGUGCGGCGUUACAUAGCAACGCCCAGUGGGGUGCUCCGGAUUUACCCUGGAUCAUUGAUGGACAAAGCCUUUGACCCGACUCGUAGACAAUGGUACCAGCAUGCUGUGGCCAAUCCUGGCCUCAUCACCUUCACUGGGCCUUACUUGGACGUGGGAGGAGCAGGCUACGUUGUUACCAUCAGCCACACCAUUCAUGCUUCCAGUUCUCAGAUGGCUCCUGGCUAUGCGGUUGCAGUGAUGGGUGUAGACUUUACCCUGCGUUACUUCUAUAAGGUUCUGUUGGACUUGCUUCCUAUCUGCAACCAGGACAAGGGCACCAAGAUCAGGUGCUUCAUAAUGGAGGACAGAGGUUACCUGGUAGCACACCCCACUCUCAUUGACCCCAAAGGCCAUGCCCCUGCAGAGCAGCAGCACAUCACACACAAGGAGCCAUUGGUUGCCAAUGACAUCCUGAACCACCCCAACUUUGUGAAGAAGAACUUGUGCAACAGCUUCAGCGAUCGCACAGUGCAGCGUUUCUACAAGUUCAACACCAGCAUACUGGGUGACCUAACUAACCUCGUCCACGGCAGCCAUUGCUCAAAGUAUCGUCUGACCAGAAUACCUGGCACCAACGCCUUUGCCGGUAUCGUCAAUGAGACGUGUGACUCCCUGGCGUUCUGCGCCUGCAGCACAGUGGACCGCCUUUGUCUCAACUGCCACAGGAUGGAACAAAAUGAGUGUGAAUGCCCUUGUGAGUGCCCUCUAGAGGUCAAUGAAUGUACCGGCAACCUCACCAGUGCUGAAAACAGAAAUCCAAGCUGUGAGGUACAUCAAGAGCCCAUCAGUUUGAAUGUUAUAGAUCCCAGUCUGCAGGACACACUGCCUCAGUGUAUCAACACCCGCUGCAGCCAAAGAUACACCAGCAGUGACUGUUUUGGCGUUUUGGACUGUGAGUGGUGCAUGGUGGACAGUGAUGGUAAAACCCACCUGGACAAGCCGUACUGUGCCUUGCAGAAGGAGUGCUUCGGGGGCAUUGUUGGUGCAAAGAGCCCAUAUAUGGACAGCAUGGGCAUCAUCGACGAAGAGGCGGCAUCUCUGAACAUGAUCAAGAGUGCCCCUGUGGGUCCAGUUGCUGGCGGUAUUAUGGGAUGCAUCAUGGUGCUGGUACUGGCCGUGUACGCUUACAGACACCAGAUCCACAGGCGCUCGCACCAGCACAUGUCGCCACUGGCAGCACAGGAAAUGUCGGUGAGAAUGUCCAACCUGGAUAACGACAGAGAUGAACGGGAUGACGACAGCCACGAGGACAGAGGCAUAAUCAGUAACACUCGGUUUAUUGCUGCGGUGAUCGAGAGGCACACACACACACCAGAGCGGAGACGAAGAUAUUGGGGAAGAUCUGGCACAGAGAGCGAUCAUGGCUACAGCACCAUGAGCCCUCAGGAGGACAGCGAGAACCCACCGGGCAACAACGACCCGCUUUCGGCGGGUGUGGAUGUCGGUAACCACGACGACGACCUGGACCUGGACACGCCGCCUCAGACGGCGGCCCUACUCAGCCACAAAUACUACCCCUACCGACACACGCACACGCACCACCACCCGCUGCACACACACCACCUCCAGGCGGCGGUCACCGUGCACAGCGUGGACGCCGAGUGCUGAUCCUUCACGGGGAUAGAACUGGAAGAAAAAAUAGAACUCUAUAGAAAAUAGGUGCUUAUGUAGACAAGAUCCUUGUCUUCAGCCUGACCAAGUGUACAUAAAAUGACUCUGGGAAUGAGGACUCUUUUUAAGAGCAACCUUCAGCACAUUUGGAGAUGUUCAUCAGCACAACUAAAAACUGUGAAAGGACCAACAGAGCUGGACGCGUCAAGGAGUCGAGCAGAAACAUCCACAGGAAUACAAAAAAACAACAAUUUUUCUACUCCUUAUUUGACGAUUCCUUCAUGAGGGUUCAGUCGAGCCUUAAUACCCUCCAAAUAAUUUGGUGUUCCUGCAAGUGAGGAGCAAUCUGAUCUAUACAUUUUUAUUUUCCUAAAGUGUCGCAAAAGUUUCAGGAUGGACGACGUGAGAGGCAUUGCUCAACCGACGUGUCUACGGAGAGAUCCUGUGCUGUUUUGCUCCCCUACUCGCUGGACCUAGUUCUGAAGAAGAGUGGAGUCUGGAGUCUAUUGUUCUGGAACUUUUCUGACGCCUGUGGCCUUUGGUUUGGACGAGUCUGAACUCGAGUAAUACUGGGCGUGGCCUGGAUACUCAUAAGCGGGGUGCUGUUCAGUGACCCUUAGUGGUCUACUAGGAGAACUGUGCUCGCUUCUUCCUUAGCAACAUGUCAGAUUUUGGACAGUCAGAAGUUUAUGAUGGACAAUCCUUUUCAUUGAGGAAGACCGAGAGGGAAAGAUGCUGCUGGUGUCCAAAGGAGACAGACCCUCUGUGAUUAACCACUCAAAAGUGUGCAUGCGUGCGUGCGUGUGUGUGUUGGAACUGGACCAUUUGUGUAUUUCUCCUCAAGAUUCUGUUGUAGGAGUGGCUCUCGGACUUGUUCCACCAAGUAUCGCCUCAGAAAAAAUGUUCACCAUAAUGACCCACAUGAAAAUGCAGUACCGUAAUAGGCCCAAAUGUUCAUUUAAAAGAAGGCUAAAGUUUUAUUUAAAGGGGAACAUUAUCACAAUUUCAGAAUGGUUAAAAUCAAUAAAAAUCAGUUCCCAGUGGCUUAUUGAAUUUUUGAAGUUUUUCUCAAAAUUUUACCCAUCACGCAAUAUCCCGAAAAACGGUUUCAAAGUGCCUGAUUUACACCAUCGCUAUAUCCACCCGUCCAUUGUCCUGUGACGUCACUGCGUGAAGCCACCAAAAACAAACAUGGCGGAUAGCACAGAAAGGUAUAGGAUAGUAACUCGGAUUCAGACUCGGAUUCCAGCGCUGUAAGCGAUUCAACAGAUUACGCAUGUAUUGAAACAGAUGUUUGGAGUGUGGAGGCAGGUACCGAAAUCGAAAUUAAAGAAGAAACAGAAGCUUUUGAGCCAUAUCACGACAGACAGCGGCACGGGAGGAAGCGCGGACGAACUCGGCGAUCGCCUUCUAACCAACGAUUGGUAUGUGUUUGUUUGGCAUUAAAUGUGGGUGGAAGGAAAGGCUGGGUGCAAAUAUAGCUACAAAUGAGGCAUAAUGAUGCAAUAUGUACAUACAGCUAGCCUAAAUAGCAUGUUAGCAUCGAUUAGCUUGCAGUCAUGCCGUGACCAAAUAUGUCUGAUUAGAACACUCCACAUAAGUCAAUAACAUCAACAAAACUCACCUUUGUGAUUUUGUAGAAUUUAUCGUUGGAAAUGCAUCUGCUUUGAGUGUCGCAGAAUAUCCACACAUUCUUGCCAUCUCUGUCGUAGCAUAGCUGUCGUCGGUAAAGUGUGCAGAGCAAACGAGGGACUUUCGCAUCUUUUGACCACUGGUGCAACCUGAAUCGAAUCCGUCCCUGUUCGUGUUGUUACACCCUCCGACAACACACCGACGAGGCAUGAUGUCUCCAAGGUACCAGAAAACAGUCGAAAAAACAGAAAAUAACAGAGCUGAUUUGACUUGGUGUGUGUAAUGUGUUUGAGAAAAUGGCGGGUCACUUCACGAUGUGACAUUACGGGUGAAAGGUCAUCGCUCCGACAGGCGAAAAGUUGAAAGGUGUUUAAAUCGCCAAAUUCACCCUUUUAGAGUUCGGAAAUCGUUUAAAAAAACAUAUGGUCGUUUUUCUGCAACAUCAAGGUAUAUAUUGACGCUUACAUAGGUCUGGUGAUAAUGUUCCCCUUUAACAAGUAUAUUCAAUAUGUUUGGGCACUGUAAAAUUACACACAGUUUGAACAGUAACACUGUGUUUGAAAAAUGAUAAAACACUGUACUUUAAUCAAGUGAUUCUUUAGAUGGAGCCUGCCUCCCACUAGUUGUUCACAUACCACAGUUAGAGAAUGAUUCUAUAUUACAGCAUAUACUGUAGAUCCAGUGAUGCAAAGAGUCAGUGGCUUCCAUUGUUCUUUUUGCCUUCAAGGAACAUAAACUAAUGCAAAAUAGUUAUGAGAGUUCUUUACACUCCAUUUUGUGUUGCUGAGAAGUGCUGAUGAUGCUCUGUUUGCGUGCGUCUUUUUCUGUAUUUUAAGUUCAUUCUUCAGGUCCAUAUUGGAUGGAAUGCUUAUUUUUACAGGAGAUUUAUAAAAUGUUACCGUGUAUCGUGUUAGCUGGUCUCUCCAAACAACGUAUUGUAGAUACGCUGAAUGAAGCGGUACAAGAUUGUUGUGCCGGUGAGGACUUUUAUUCUGCUGUGAGCGACACGCCCUCAAGUUUGCAUUCAUUUGUCUCUAGUAUCCUCAUAUUUGAGAAUAUGAAAGUUGUAGAAUUACCAGAAUAAAUUAGGAGUGAAAAAUUCGUAUUUUUUUCAAAAACAAAGUUGCAAUAUUACGUGCUUGAGGUAUGUUCAAAUUAUCGGAGUGCUAAAAAAAAUCGAUUCUUAACGCGAUUUAUGAUUUUCAAAUAUCGAUAUAUUUUUUUUUAAGUUUUCAAAAAUACGUCUUUACUCACUGUGAAUGUACAGUGAGAAUGGGAUUCAUAUGGCCCAAUUCGUCACGGUUUAUCCGACACAUGAAACGUGACAAAUUGGGGGGUGGGCGAGCACUAUCCUCUUUAGCUGCCAGAUAGCAGUCUUGUGAGGAAUAGCUUAGAAUAGUCAAAGUUAGAAUAGCAAUUCUAACUUUGACCACAGCGUCAGUUGCUAUGUAGAGUGGUGCUUUCCAUCAUUUUCACCAGACUGCAUUGCUAAAUGAUUAAACCCCUCUUCCUGUCACGUCCUUGGACGGGGCCAUAUUAAUCCCUUCCCUACUGUAUGUCGAGGGGAGCUUUUGUCACCUGGUUUGAAAAGGUUCUUAUUAUAUACUUUUAUACCAAACAAUAUAUUGGGAGAAUCUUUUGAAUUAAGAAUCGAUUAAAAGUCAAACUUUCCCCCCAAAAAUCUGAAUUUAAUCAUGAGUUUUUGUAGGAUUCACAUUCCUAAAAAAUUAAUAUUUGCAUAUAACUUUUUUUUUCUUGUAAUUGUACCAUUUUCUUAUCAAUUUGGCCCACGUAUGUCGCAUUUUUCACUAAUACUGAUCCUGCUUAUUGACUUUUUGGGCCUUAAUUUUCUGAUAGAUACAAAUAAAGUAAAGUCAAUGCAUUUUAAAUAUUACGAACUUGUGUUUGGGCAUUUUACAACUUUUUAUCUUUUUUUUUUAAGUGUAACAAAGUUUUUCAAUCGUGUUGACCACCCUUUUUCAUGUGUGUGCCUGCGAGCGUGUGUGCGUACAGAAGUAACACUUAUUUCAUGUACUGAAGGAUCUCUCAUGUAUCAGAUGGAUUGCGAAUGUGAUAAAGUUCUUUUUACACCAAAA